AUGAGCGAAUUUGUAGAAAAUGUAUUGUAUUUAGCUGACUCGUACAAGUUAACUCACCAUAAUCAAUAUCCUGAGGGAACAACUCAUGUCUACUCAUAUUUCGAAAGCAGAGGAGGGAAGUUUCCAGAGGUGUGCUUCUUUGGUCUUCAGUACAUUCUUAAGCGAUGGCUUAUUGGAAAGGUAGUCAAUCAUGAAAUGAUAGACGAAGCGAAGGCGUUUUAUAAGCUUCAUUUCAAUAUGGACGUUUUCAACGAGUCUGGUUGGAGGCACAUUGUUGAUAACCAUGGCGGAUGCCUUCCGUUGCGAAUAAAAGCUGUACCGGAAGGAAGUGUCGUUCCUGUUAAAAAUGUUUUGUUUACGAUAGAGAAUACUGAUCCCGAAGUUCCAUGGCUCACUAAUUGGUUCGAGACUCUUCUGGUGCAGACAUGGUAUCCGAUGACGGUCUGCACAAUUUCGAGGGCCUAUAAGCAGCUCAUCGCACGAUAUCUUCACAGUACCAGUGAUUCUAUGAAAGGAUUGCCCUUCAAAUUGCAUGAUUUCGGCUAUCGAGGCUCUACCUCUGUAGAGAGUGCUGGAAUCGGUGGCGCCGCCCAUUUAGUGAAUUUUAUGGGUACUGAUACUAUAGCAGGUUUGCAGUUAUGCAGAAAAUAUUAUUCUUGUGAAAUGGCGGGAUUCAGCAUUCCAGCAACUGAGCAUAGCACAAUCACAACUUGGAAGCGCGAAGGCGAGGUAGCCGCAUUCCGUAAUAUGCUGCAGCAAUACCCGAAAGGGUCCAUCUCUGUUGUGUCGGACUCCUACGAUGUCUUUCAUGCGGUGUCAUCUAUAUGGGGAGAAGAGCUUCGUGAAGAAGUAAUUGAUCGUGGUGCUCGAGGAUGUCUCGUCAUACGGCCAGACUCCGGCGACCCUGUUACGGUGUUACUAAAGGUCCUGCGAUUGCUCGAGGAAAAGUUCCCGGUGACGAUCAAUUUGAGGGGAUACAAGGUUUUGCCCCCUUACUUGCGAAUUAUACAAGGUGAUGGUAUCACAUAUGAAUCGAUAGGAGAAAUUUUACAUGCGUUGAAGGACAGUGGAUGGAGUACGGACAACGUAGUAUUUGGUGCUGGAGGAUCUCUUCUUCAACGUCUCAACCGUGACACUCAAAAGUGUGCAUUCAAAUGUAGUCAUGUCGUUGUCAGCGGUGAGCAAAGAGAUGUCUACAAGAGCCCCGUAACUGACGAGGGAAAACGUUCUAAGAAGGGCUAUUUGACUUUGCAACAUAGUCCUACUGGAGCUCUGGAAACCGUCCAAGAAGGAUUAGGAAAUCCUGAUAAGGACCUUCUAUUGACUGUGUUCGAAAAUGGACAUCUUUUAAUCGACUGGACACUGGACCAGAUUCGCGAAAGGGCAGAAAUCGAUAUAGUUAAAGAGUCAAAGAAACACGAGGCACUUGUGAACGGUGUAGCGGAAACGAAUGGGGACUGA